CUGUUUAGUCAGACAAUAAUCUACGGAGUAGAAGUUGAGAUGAAGGUCAGACCAGGAGACAACAUCACUCUUCAAUGCGACCGUCCUUUAACUCAUGGUUACAUCGUAUGGAUAAGAAAUUGCUCUCAUGAACAUCAACCCUCUCUCAUAUUAGAUAAUAAAAAAAUAUACAAAGAUACUUUCCAACGUUUUAGUUUUCCUAAAAACACCAACAUUAAUUCUUUUGAUCUAAAUAUUACUAACAUUAAAGUCUCUGAUCUGGGACUGUACUACUGUGCUGAACAUGAGGUAAAGGUAAAUAAAGACGAAAAGGGCAUUAUAUACUCUUCUGAUGUGUACUAUUAUGGAAACCAAACAACACGUCUUUCUCUUGCUGAAGUGUCUUCUGGACCCUUCACCGCCGUCUCUCCUCCUCCUCCUGUAUCAGACUGUUUCCUCUGCUGGACCCUGUUGGUCAGUGUUUGUGUUGUGUGUUUUCUCCUCUGCUUCAUCUGUGUCUACUGCUUCUGUCAGAGGAAAACUACAGAUGGUGGAACUGAUCACAAGGAACAGAUAAAAAGUAGAAAUACUUCUGAGGGUGAGGUGUGUGAAGAGGGUGAAGAGGUGUGUUAUGCUUCCUUGGAUGUGAAAAUCAGAAGACAGAAACAACUCAAGAAGAAACAACAGCAAAGUUCUGACUUCAGUAUUUAUGCUCCGGUCAGAACAGACACAAUACAAAACUUCUGAUGGGGAUACCAGUUGCGGUUCUAGAGAAAUUUUACUAGGUAGGCCAAGGAGGGGCCAGUGUAUAAUCAGAGGGGCACAUUAAAAAAGGGCAACAAACAAUGGUUAAAGAUUAUAACGUUUAUUUUACUUUACAAUUAUAAACAUUUAUUUUGUACAAGAGUGAGUGCAGGUGCAAAAGAGGAAGAGCCAUAAAAAAUACAGUACAGGGUACAAAAAAAGGUGUUAAAACAUUUCCUAUUUAUGGAAGCCCAUCUACUGUGGACAGUUGAGUCCACACUUAAGUAAUUAAAUUGGCACAACAAUUCUGGAUCAACUGAAUUUGAAUAAACGCAGGAAGGUUUUUAAUAAGGAUGCAUCGAAAUUAAAAUUUUGGUCCGAAAUCGAAAAAGAGGAAACCAAAGCCGAAAACCGAAACACCAAAAUAAAUUAUUCCAAUUAUAAGUACCAUUGCAUUUAUGGCUAUGACUGUGUUAUAACUUUACUAGGGGUGUGACGGAUCACAAUACUCACGGUUCAAAUCACAUUACAGUUUUUG